AUGUCAAAGGAUAUCCCUAAGCUUGACCCGUUUAGAACUAAGGCAGAAAUAAAGGGAAAGAAACAGAAAAGAUCCCAAGGAUCUUCACAUUAUAGACCAAAAGCACCAACUGAACUAACACGUUUACCGGCAUUUAAAGAUGUCUCUCCUUCUGAGCACCAAGAGUUGUUUGUGAAGAAACUUCAGCAAUGCUGCGUUGUCUUUAACUUUGAGGACUCAACCUCUGAUGUCAGUAGUAAAGAGAUCAAAAGAACUUUCUUGAAUGAGCUGGUAGAGUACAUAAGCGUAACAAGGAACGCGUUGAAUGAAUCUGUUUACCAACCGAUUGUUUCCAUGAUUGCUUGCAACAUUUUCAGACCUCUCCCACCCUCUGACAAUCCGGACUUUGAUCCCGAGGAAGACGAUCCAAUUUUGGAAGCAGCCUGGCCUCACCUUUCAUACGUCUAUGAGUUUUUCCUGCGUUUCCUUGAGUCUCCUGAUUUUCAACCAGUUGCUGCUAAAAAAUAUAUUGACCAGAAAUUUGUACUUCAAUUACUGGAGCUGUUCGAUAGCGAAGAUCCUCGAGAACGUGAGCUGCUAAAGACCGUGGUUCAUCGUAUCUACGGGAAGUUUUUGGGAUUAAGGUCUUUUAUCAGAAAGCAGAUUAACAAUAUAUUUCUAAGAUUCAUAUAUGAAACGGAACAGUUCAAUGGUGUUGGGGAGUUGCUUGAAAUUUUGGGGAGUAUUAUAAAUGGUUUCGCCCUCCCACUUAAGUCUGAACACACUCGGUUCCUCGCAAAAGUUUUGAUCCCACUUCACAAAGCCAAGUCCUUAGUGACCUUCCAUCCUCAACUUGCUUACUGCAUAGUCCAGUUCUUGGAUAAAGAUGCGACUCUGACAGAGCAGGUUGUUCGCGGACUCUUAAAAUUUUGGCCCAAAACCUACUCUCAAAAAGAAGUUAUGUUUUUAGGUGAAAUUGAAGAAAUCUUAGAAGUUAUUGAGCCUUUACAAUUCCAGAUUAUUAUGGUCCCUCUUUUUAAACAAAUUGCGAAGUCAGUCUCAAGUUCCCACUUUCAGGUUGCUGAACGAGCACUAAGUUAUUGGAACAAUGAUAAUAUAGUUUCUCUUAUUGAAGAAAAUCAUGACACUCUUAUACCAAUAUUAUUCCCAUCAUUCUAUCGUAUUUCACGUGAGCAUUGGAAUCAAACAAUUGUAGCUUUGGUCGGAAAUGUUCUGAAAAUCUUUAUGGAAAUGAAUACAAAUUUGUGCAAUCAGUUAGCUGAAAAACACAAAGUAGAACGUCAAAGGGAACGUAAACGGGAGAAGGAACGUGAAGAAUUAUGGAAGAAACUCGAGCAGCUGAGGAUGUCUGGUUCGGGCGACACACCUGGCCCACCAAAUAUUGAUUCCAAAACUAGCUCUGCAAUUACCAACAAUGCUUUCACUAACGUCCAUCAACUUGGGGUAAAUGUGACUAAGCGCUAG